GAAAAGGUUUCCGGAGAGCCAGGGAGCGCGCAGGGACUACGACUCCCGGCAUGCUCCGCCGUUAACCCUUCAGGGCCCGGAGCAGCCCUGCGUUUCGCCCCCCCCCUCCCCCGCCCCUUCCUCGCAUCCGGCAAGAGAUGGGUGCCCCCAUCCGCACACUGUCCUUUGGCCACCUGACAUCAUGCCUCCCAAGAAAGAUGUUCCUGUGAAGAAACCAGCAGGGCCCUCCAUCUCCAAGCCUGCUGCCAAGCCUACAGCAGGGACCCCUCCAGCCAAGACCAAGGCUGAGCCAUCUGCCCCCCAGACCCCGGCCAAAACCCAGGAGCCUCCUGUUGACCUCUCCAAAGUGGUGAUCGAGUUUAACAAGGACCAGCUGGAGGAGUUCAGAGAGGCCUUUGAGCUGUUCGACCGAACAGGUGACGGCAAGAUCCUGUACAGCCAGUGUGGGGACCUGAUGAGAGCCCUGGGCCAGAACCCUACCAACGCCGAGGUGCUCAAGGUCCUGGGGAACCCCAAGGGUGAUGAGCUGAAGUCCCGACGCGUGGACUUCGAGACGUUCCUGCCCAUGCUCCAAGCAGUGGCCAAGAACCGGGACCAAGGCACCUACGAGGACUACCUGGAGGGGCUUCGCGUUUUUGACAAAGAGGGCAACGGCAAAGUCAUGGGGGCGGAGCUCAGACAUGUUCUUACCACUCUGGGAGAGAAGAUGACCGAGGAGGAAGUGGAGACUGUCCUGGCUGGCCACGAGGACAGCAACGGCUGCAUCAACUACGAGGCCUUCCUGAAGCACAUCCUGAGCCUGUGAGCUCCAGAGCCCUCCGGCUCCUCGGCCCGCCGCACAGAAGCGCAGGCAGCGCGUCCUCCCGUCGUCUGGACAACUUCUCCCCCCCUCCCCCGGGACGCGCAGACCGGACACUUACCACCGCCCGCGCGGCUCGGCGCGCAUUCCGGCCACCAGGCGGCGCUCCGAGUUCUGAAAUAAAGACAUGGUUCCUGC